UCCGCACUGCUUCUUCCCUCCCCUCCGGGGCGUGUGGGACUCGCUCCGUCUGCCCUGGGUACUGCGCAAAGGAGGGCCGGCGCUGUCCAGGCGGAGGAGGCAGAGUCGCGUGGGGGAGGACCCGGAACCGCGGCGCGGGCAGCGUCUGCGUUUUAGUCGCCGAGCGGUCAGCCGGCCUGCAGCUGGCGCAGGCACUCUCGGGCUGUAAGGUGGUCGGUCAGGGAGGACGUCGGCGGAGGCCCGCGAGAAGAGCAGCGGCUUCCGCGCGGCGGAGGCGCGCGCCUCCUGCCAGUGGCGAUCGUGUCUCCCGGGAGAUGCUGUGACGGCCCCGCGCGGGAGGAGCUCACGCCUCGCGCCCCACUGGACUCGGCGGCCCCGGCGGCUCGGUCACCCGCCUUUCUCAGUGGAAGUAUGCAAGACUUAGCAGCACAAGUGACUAGUGAUCUUCUGCAGUUCCCAGAAGUGACCAUUGAAGCCCUGGGAGAAGAUGAAAUAACAUUAGAGUCUGUACUUCGUGGGAAGUUUGCUGCAGGGAAAAAUGGACUUGCUUACUUGAGUUGUGGUCCACAACUCGAGGUAGUAAAUUCUCUGACGGGAGAGCGGCUGUCUGCCUAUAGGUUCAGUGGUGUGAAUGAUGAGCCACCGAUAAUCCUAGCUGUGAAAGAGUUCUCUUGGCAGAAGAGAACCGGAUUGUUAAUUGGAUUGGAAGAUGCGGAAGGAAGUGUCCUUUGUCUGUAUGACCUCGGUAUAUCAAGAGUGGUUAAAGCAGUUGUUCUUCCUGGAAGGGUAACAGCUGUUGAACCUAUAAUUAAUCACGGAGGAGCCAGCGCAAGCACGCAGCAUUUGCACCCGAGUUUGCGAUGGCUUUUUGGUGUGGCAGCUGUGGUGACUAAUGUCGGACAGAUCCUUCUUAUUGACCUGUGUCUCGAUGACUUGUCGUGCAGUCAGAAUGAAGUAGAGGCAUCAGACCUUGAAGUUAUAGCUGGCAUCCCAGCUGAAGUGCCACACAUCAGAGAAAGCGCGAUAAAAGGAGGGCGCCAUCUGUGCUUCCAGCUAGGAAGCCCGUCGGGAACGGCCGUGUCGACGCUCAGCUACCUGAGCAGGACAAACCAGCUGGCCGUCGGCUUUUCCGAUGGCUACCUGGCACUCUGGAAUAUGAAAACCAUGAAGAGAGAAUACUACACACAAUUGGAAGGUGGAAGGGUUCCCAUAUAUGCUGUUACUUUUCAAGAACCUGAGAAUGAUCCUCGUAACUGCUGUUACUUGUGGGCUGUUCAGUCUACUCAAGAUAGUGAAGGGGAUGUGCUGAGUUUUCAUCUGCUUCAGCUGGCCUUUGGUGAUAGAAAGUGUUUGGCAUCAGGACAAAUCUUAUAUGAGGGGUUAGAGUACUGUGAAGAAAGGUACACACUGGACCUCACAGGUGGCAUGCUUCCUUUGAGGGGACAGACCAGUAACACCAGACUGUUGGGAUGCCAGAGUAUUGAGAAAUUUCGAUCUCAUGGUGAUAGAGAGGAAGGGAUGAGUGAAGCACUGUCUCCUGAGACAAGUGUAUCAGUCUUUACUUGGCAAGUGAAUAUAUAUGGACAAGGAAAGCCUUCUAUAUAUUUGGGGAUUUUUGACAUAAAUCGUUGGUAUCAUGCACAAAUGCCAGAUUCAUUAAGAUCCGGAGAAUAUCUACAUAAUUGCUCUUACUUUGCAUUGUGGUCCUUGGACUCUGUUGUGAGUAGUACUUCUCCACAUUGCAUCUUGGAUAUAUUGGUACACGAGAGAAGCUUAAGCCGAGGAGUCUCUCCUUCAUAUUCGCCUCCAGAGCAAUUUUUUAACCCCAGUUCCUAUAAUUUUGAUGCCACUUGUUUGUUAAACUCCGGAGUUAUUCACAUAACUUGUACUGGCUUUCAGAAGGAGACUUUGACUUUUUUAAAGAAAUCAGGACCAUUUAUCAAUGAAGUCAUUUCUGAUGGCUAUAAUCGAUGUCUUGUGGCUGGCCUUCUCUCACCAAGACUAAUUGAUAUUCAGCCUUCCAGUUUAAGUCAGGAAGAACAAUUAAAAGCUAUACUGUCAGCAGCAGUCCACACGAGUUCCCUGGGACUUUUGACUGGAUAUAUCAGAAGGUGGAUAACAGAGGAACAACCAAAUUCUGCUGCUAAUUUGCGCUUUGUUCUUGAAUGGACAUGGAAUAAAGUGAUUCUCACAAAAGAGGAAUUUGACAGACUAUGUAUCCCGUUGUUUGAUGGAUCGUGCCGUUUCAUCGAUCCACAGACGAUCCAGUCUGUUCAACAGUGCCAUCUGCUCCUUAGCAAUCUUAAUACAGUCUUAAGCUGUUUUAUAACAGAGGCCCAAGAGAUCACCGAAAGAGGUCGUAUGAACUUAACCAAUAAGUGUAUGGUGUCCCAGCUCAUCUGUCAGUAUGCACAAAUGGUUCUUUGGUUCUCUCAUUCUGGUCUUUUACCAGAGGGCUUAGAUGAUGCUGUGCAGUUGUCAAGGUUAUACUACAACUACCCUGUAAUUCAGAACUACUACACCAGUCGUCGACAGAAGUGUGAGCUUUUAUCAAGAGGGAAGUGGAACCCUGAUUAUUUGAUGAUCGACGGAAUGGUUUCUCAGUUAGGAGAUGGAGUUGAGAAGCUGUGGAAACGGGAUGAAGGCGGAACGGGAAAAUACCCUCCUCCUAGUCUACAUGCACUACUUGACAUAUACCUAUUAGACAAUGUUACUGAAGCAAGCAAACAUUCUAUUACCAUUUAUUUGCUACUUGAUAUUAUAUAUUCCUUCCCAAACAAAACAGAUACUGCCAUUGAAUCAUUUCCAACUGCCUUUGCCAUUUCUUGGGACCAGGUUAAACUUAUUCAAGGGUUUUGGCUGAUAGAUCAUAAUGACUAUGAGAACGGUUUGGAUCUUCUGUUUCAUCCAGCUACUGCAAAACCUGUGUCAUGGCAGCAUUCAAAGAUCAUUCAAGCCUUCAUGAGUCAGGGCGAGCACAGACAAGCCCUCAGAUAUAUUCAGACAAUGAAGCCAACAGUGUCCAGUGAUACUGAUAUUAUCCUUCACAUCGAUGUUUUGCUUCUUAAUAGGUGCAUGAUCGAGGCCUGGAGUUUACUGCGACACCAUUCUAAUGGAUUGAAUGUGGAGGAGUUACUAAAGCACAUGUAUAAAGUCUGUCAAGAGAUUGGCUUAAUGGAGGACUUACUGAAGUUACCGUUUACAGACACUGAGCAGGAGUGUCUGGUGAGAUUUUUGCAGUCCAGCACCAGUGUUCAGAAUCAUGAAUUCCUUUUAGUUCACCAUUUACAACGUGCCAAUUACAUCCCUGCCUUGAAACUGAACCAAACUCUGAAGAGUAAUGUUACGAAUGAUCGUGACCCUCACCUGCGGGAGAGAUCAGUGGCUCGAAAUUCUAUAUUAGACCAAUAUGGGAAAGUUCUUCCUAGAAUCCAUCGAAAAUUAGCCAUUGAGCAAGCUAAGCCUUACCGUGUAUCAGCACUGUCAAUUAUUCGAAAAGUUUCUCGGCCCAAACCAUUAUCAGCUGUUCCAAAGCAAGCUGUAAUAGGGAAUGUGUUAACAAGAUCUACUUUCAUCCAUAAUGUGUUAUCUAAAGUUGGAGAGGUUUGGAAAAGUGAUGAACCUAAAAAUAGCAUCUUAGCCUACAACAGCCCUAAAAUAGAAGGACCAUCUCCUGUAGUGUGUUCUCUCCCAGAUUCCAACCUGCCUGGGGCAUUUGUUGGAACACCGAUUUUAAAAGCAUCACAAAAAGUUUCUAGACUCCUGGAUUUGGUUGUUCAUCCUGUUCCGCAGCUUUCUCAGUGUUUGGGGUUUAUUCAGCAGACCCCCACAAGAUUUUCUUUGGACCUGACAUCCAGUUCACAAUUAAAAGGAUCAUAUCAAAAUACCUCCAGGGCCUCAGAGUUACAUUUACUUGAAACUCCUGCUAUAGUUAAGAAAGCUAAAACUUUGGCCAUGUCCGUUACUUCCUCUGGAUUUGCCGAGUUCACUCCUCAGUCCAUCCUAAGGUCUGGUCUUCGGUCAACACCUCUAGCAUCUCCCUCUCAGUCACCUGGAAGGUCUCUCACUCCUCCUUUACGACUUAAAGAAACCAGAAUUUCAUUCAUGGAAGAAGGCAUGACCACAAAAUGGAUUGCUAGAACUGCAGAUGACAGCAAAACAAAAGGAUUUGUUACCAUGCCUUUUUAUAAAUCUGGAAUACCAGGAGAAACUGAAUGGCUGAAGAACAAAGAUAAGACAUCUUUCUCCCUGAUUAGCCCUGAAAUGGACCAUCGAGAAAUGGAUGUGAGGUCACAGAAUACACCUUCACAGAGUUUGGAAACACUGGAUGUGAGCAAAGAAAAUAGCAAUGUUUCAACCGAAUCACUGGAGUAUCAAGAUGCACCAUCUCCAGGAGAAUUUGAAUAUAUUUUCAUGGCCUCUAAGCCAGCGAGCUCUUCCACUGAAUUAAUUACUAACUUAACUGAAAAAACUGAGAGGGAUGGUGAUAAAGAUGUGUUUGAAUCAGAAGUAACUCCUCUAGACCUAGAGGAACAAAUGGGCCCCCCUGAAGAUGCGGAGACAAAGGGUCUUUUGGUUGCAGAGGAGGCGGCGCUUUCAGGAUUAAAUCACUUAAGCCCUAUUCAGGGGGUGGAAGCUCCUCUUUCUUUACCGUCAACCCAUGAACGGAAAAUCCUUACGCAGAAGCCCAAGGUACCAGUUUCAGAUGAAGUAACAGUUGAAACCUGCACCUCUACAAUUCAAACAGCUGUGGCCGAUGUCCUUGGUGAUAGUGGAAGCUCUGGGCUCAUUAGCUCUGAAAGUCCUAUUAUCUCUGAACAUAGGCUUGAACAGGAAAUAGCAGUGAAUGUAAAAGAAGAUCACGAAAUAGAAGUUGAUGUGCUAAAAGAAAGUGUUGACUUACCAGAAGAAAAGCCUCCAAUUUCUGACGAUUCUCCUGAUACUCAAGAAGUUCAUGUGAUGGAAAACAAAAAGCUUGAAGUUCAAGAUUCAGGACAAGAGGCUAGGAAUCUUUCAUUUAAUGAGUAUCCCUCGGGAACUCUUAAGCUUCAAUAUAAUUUUGAGACCAUAGAGCAACAGUUUCAUGACUUACCUGAUAAUAAGGACUCUGCUGAGUGUGGAGACAUUGCUGAAGUAGAUGGGGAACUUUUUGUGGCUCAGAGCAACUUUACCUUGAUAUUGGAAGGUGAAGAAGAAGUUGAGACAGGUGAUUCUGCAGCAUCGAAUGUGUUAGCUAAAGCAGCUAACACAGUUACUGAGUCAAAACAUGUUUACACUGGGGAAAAUAACUGCGGACAUGUUGCAAAUUUGCCAUCUAUCGUAACUAGUGAUCAAGAGUCCCAAAAGGUAGAAACAUUACCAUAUGUGCCUGAACCAAUUAAAGUAGUAAUUGCAGAAAAUUUACUAGAUGUAAUUAAAGACACAAGAAGUAAAGAAACUACUUCAGAUGCAAUGGAACAGUCCAUUCAUGAAAACAUACCUUUAAUAAGCCAAAAGGUAAUGGGUUCCACUAAGUUAGGCAAAUCUACGUUUAAGACUGUUCAGGAAACAAGUACAGUGACCAUAGAUGUUAACCAGGCUAACGACGUGAUUGCGUCCAGAACUCGAACAAGAAGACAGCGCGUCCAAAGCGAGGAUGUCAAAUCAGUGCAGCAGGAAGAAUCAACAGAUGUCGCUACUCCCGAGAUGCUGGGGUUUUCGGUUAUGAAGAAAACUAGGAAAACAAAAGACAUUUCCAAGGCUUCUGAAAGUGCCUUUUCUCAUGUUGAAGAAAUAUCUCAGAACCAGCAAAUACCUCAAAAUUCUGUUACUCCUAAAAGAGGAAGGAGAAAGAAAGAAAUUAAUCAAGAUGCAUUAGAAAGUAUUAAUUCUGCGGAACAAGAAUUACAGGUUACUCCAGGCAGGGAAUUAAGGAGAUUAAGAUCAUCUCAAAUGUUGGAAUCAGCAACCACAGAAACUUCUUUUAGAAAAGAGGUUAAGCUUUCAUCUGUUACCAAAAAGACUCCUAAAAGAAGGCAAAAAUCCGUAGAAAAUCAGGAAAGUAUUGAAAUUAUAAAUGACCUAAAAGUGAGGAAAGUAGCAAGUCCUAGCAAAAGUACCAAAAGACUGAGACGUACUAAUUUAGAAACCUCUGAAGAUAAAGGACGGGAACAAGAUAGAAAGUUCAAUGAACAGCAGCUGCCUAUUCAUCGUAGUAAAAGGGUUAAAAAGAGAGACAUUAACACAUCAGAUGUUAGAGAAGACUCUACACUUGAUCCAUCCCAGUUGACCCUACAAGCAGAAUUUGAUACGCCUGCUACACCCAGGAAACGUGGUAGACCGAGAAAAAUUAAUCCAUCACAAGAUGUAGGAUCUGAGGCAGUUAAGGAAGAGAGAAGUCCUAAGAACAGGAAAGCUCUCAGCAUCCAAAAGAGAUCUACAAGAAACACCCCAGCUAAAAGUGAAAAUACUGAUGUCGGAAAACCAACUUUAGAAAAAUCAGUUUUAGUGCCAAAUGAGGAACUUGUUACAGUGAUGAGCUCUAAAAAAAAGAGUACAAAAAGGAUUGAAAGUCAAAGCCAAAAACGUUCAUUACGCUCAAUAUCAGAAAAACACGUAGAGGACGAUACGACUCACAAAGAACCAAAUGACCGAGAAGAAAAAUUACUUGCCAACACUGCUCUGACUCCAUUUUCCUACAGCACAAGAACUAGGUCUAGCAAGACCAUCUUCCCGCCGGACUUUUCUGAACCAGAAAAUGAGUCUGUAUUUUCUCCUCCUGUGUCAAAAGUCCCAAGGAAAGAGAGAGCUAAAAAAAUAGAAGCUCCUGAGCAGCUGAAGGACUUAGUUUCGGAUUUAUCCUCUCCGUUUGUCUUCUCCCCUCCUGCUCUGAGGAGCAGGCGGAAGAACACGUCUCACACACCCAGACUCGUGCGUGAACUGGAAGACGGUGCUGUGGGACAGCAACAAGUGACAAGAAUCAGGACUGAGAAAACAAAACAAGCAAGCAAAAUCACAGAAAAAGAAAGUUCUUGGUCACCUCCUCCAGUAGAAAUUAAGCUGAUUUCUCCCUUGGCGACCCCAGUUGACAGAGUGAAGAGCAAGCCAAGGAAAACUGUGGACGGAACAGGAAAAACUCUCGGAAGAAACAGGAAGAAACCAUCCUCCUUCCCAAAACAGAUCGUGCGCAGAAAAAUGCUGUAAUUUUUUCAAAUUUUAAUGUACACCUAUUUGUAAACUCACAGAAUUGUGGAUUAUUAAAAAUCCUCUAAUUUGGAAGACAGUAAUUUAUAUAAAUUGUAAAUUUUUGUAAACAGGAAGUCUUCCAUAAGUAAAAUGACUCCAUAUGGAGUAAGAUUCUUUUAGAGAGGCAUUUUCCCCUUUUUAUAUUAAGACUUCAUACAUUUAUAUAAUAUGUAAAUAUGGCUUAUUAUUAGAAUGUUAAAUAAAGUAUAUACUUCACAGUAGUUCGUGUCGGUUAGAUUUUUGAGGGGGAUUUCUGUUUCAGUAAUAAUUUUAUAUAAUAGUAGACAGUGCUCUUGUUGUCUUUCUCUACCAAGUAGUAGGCCAAUCUUAAAAUGAGGACAAUUGAACUGUUCAUUUUUUUUUAAGUUGCUAUUUUAUAAUUUAUGCACUUUGCUUCUAUGAUUAAGAUUUCUAAUCAUAAAAUGUUUUGGGGGGUCAGUGGUUGCUAUGUUCAAACUGAAUUAUGGACAUGUAAUUUUGCCACUUUUUUGUCGUUUUAACGAAUUUUGUGUAUUCUACCUCAAAUGAGUAAUUUUCGAAGUAAUGCAUUGGUUAAAUGUAAUGUUGGCAUUUCUUGUUCAGCAAGCUUAAAGGCACCUUUCUGUGAAGUCUCUGGAUUACUCAGAGACGAAUUACCCAGGUUAGACUGACCGGUUCACUGCGCACUGGCAACUUCUCACAAGGGUGUGAGAAGGAAGGAGAAUGUUUUUAGAAAAAACAAACCCUCUUUCAUGGAUGUACCUUGUACCUUGUGUGGGCCUAAUAUUAGAAUGAGAAGUGGGAAGAAAUUUUAUUAUUGCUCUGCAGGAGCUUGCUACUGAAUCACAGAAAUCCCUUAAUAUUCGGGUUUUAAAACUGAUAAAUUCUCGUAGGACCUCAGGCGCAGACUAUUGAGUGUGUGGGCGCACACGUGGAAAAGGGAAGGAAAGAAACCACGGUUCUCGGCAGGACGACUGUGUGAUUACGUGGUGAUGCUUGGUGUAGGCCAUACAAUUCAUCAAUAAAUGAGUGUUGUCAAAUAAUUUAUAACAGGUAAUUGAUAGUGUGUAAUGGAUGGACCAUCAAUAAUUGAUCAUCUGGAAACAGACUGCUUUUGCUGGCUGAACGUUCAGUGUUCUAGUGUGAAGCAGAAGCAGGGUGUUUUCUACGUUAUUUUUCUACCGACACACACCGGGGAAAUGACGGCGGCGCCUGCGCCGGGGGCCGACCGUGUGCGCGUGGCGGUGCGAGUGCGGCCCUUCAGCCAGGUCAGUGGGGCUGCGCCCUCGCCUUGUGAGGCUCGGACUGUGACCUUCACGUUGACGUUUUUAGUUCUCGAACUUGUAUUUAAACUGCUUGUCAUUUAUGGAGUAUUAAACUUAUUUAAAUGAACUUGUUAAAUGAGAAAUUUAAAGAUCUAAAUAAUUCAGUAAACAACUUCACUCUUGGUGCAAGUAGCACAAUAAAAAAGUUGACAAGAGAAAUGUACUGUCAAGUCAAUAAUUUUUAAAGCCAAUGCAGUCUGACGAAUGUAGGCACGCAGUAUCUGUUUUUAACAAAUGUACUUCUUUCCCCCGAUAGUAAACUGUAAGCAAAAAAGAGCCAAUUUUGAAUGAAUGGUUUUAAAUGCGUUUAUGUAUAAAUGUAUUUAUAUAACUGUUUACAAAAACACUGGAUAUUAAAUUACUGCCACAACAUUUAGGAUAAAAUGUGGAUCGGACUCCUUCUGGGACCUUGUCGGGGUCCUUUACCUCUGAUCACCAACACAGCAGUCAGGUUUUGACAAAAUGCUGAACGGGCGACCCACCUGGCAGACUUCGGCCUGCCUGCUGUGGGUGAAACGCUGCACUAGAAACUGAGGGUUCAGAGGCAAAUCCCUUGUUCUCCACUGGCUUAGUUUUAGGUCAUUCAUUUGUAGCAGUGUGUCCCACAGGAGUAACUCAUUUGUAGCCGUCUGUAACGUAGUGGGAAGGUAGAUCAUCUUGGCGCCCAGAGAAAGAUCAGAUUUUGAAAAGUGUGGGUAAGAGGGGGCUAGAAAAAACACUGCUCAGCUUAUCUGACAGUAGUGGGCCCCACUGGCCCCUGAAUGGGGGUGCAAGGUAAUGGUGACCUUACGUGAAGUCUGCUUCCCACUUGGACACCUGCACUCACUCUCUCCCCAGCAGUAUUUGUACCACUGUGCACGUCUGUCUCGGUUCUGUCCCUUAACAUUCAUUCAUACUGCAGAAAAUGUUUCAGCAGCCAGGCAGAUGUAGAAUUAGGUAAUUUUAUGGAUGUCCAAGAAUUUGUGGUCAGCGAAUUAAAUGUUUUGCACCCCCUGCCCCCAAAGGCAUGGAAACCAUUUUACCUCCUGUGAUCAGCACACUGAGAGUGGCCAUCCUCUCUCACCACUAAUUACCUCUCGAGGAACUCGCUGCAAGUUUUACAUCAGUGGGUGUGGAAGCAGACAGUUACACAUUCACACAGCCUUCAGGUUCCCCGCUCCAGAAAGACUGCAUUUGGUCCAGGUCCACGGCCCACAUCGUCCAUGAGCUUAGACCAGACUAGCAAGUGGCCGUGAGGAAAGAGGAUGGACUCGAGAGAGGAUGUGAGGGUAGAUGCUUCCGGUCACACCUGCGCGGCCCCCUAAGACCUGGACUCUGCCUGCUUUCUAACUUCACACACAGCCUCCCCCCACUGCGGGACCAGAGGACCGACUUCAUGAGACUCUCUGUCACAAGAUGCACUACAUUCUCAGGAGCCUUUGGAGUCAGAUGAACACGAGUUCAGAACCUGACUUUUUCACUCACCCCUGGGGAGCCUUAAGCGAGGUUUUAAGCUUUCUGAGCCUUGGUUUCCUUACGUGUAAAAUGGAGGUACCAGUACCUCACAGGAUGCUUGUUACAAAGAUAAAAUAAUGUAUAAGUCAGCACGGUGCCUAACAACGACUCAGUACUAGCUGCUAAGGGUUAUUUUUUCACCAUAAUCUCUUCAACGGUUGAGAUACGAUUCACAUUUAUACAAGUCCCUCAUUUAGAGUGUACAAUUCAUGACGAUUACUACGUCUGUGGGUAUACGUAACCGCAGUAAGUUGUGGAACGUUUUUAGCACCCAGGAAAGAAAUUGUGCCCUUGACUAGCACCCUCCUUCGCGCGGCCCCGAGCAACCUUUGAUCUGGUACUCCCUGUGUCCGCUCUGUUCCCGAAUGUUUUGUUCUUUUUGAUGCUAUUAGAAAUGGAAUUGUUUUCUGAAUUUGGGUUUCUAAUUAUUCACUUCUUGAAUUAAAAUUGAUUUUUGUAUAUCAA